AUGAGUAAAUACGGUGUGAUGGUGAUGGGCCCUGCGGGGGUCGGCAAGUCCACCUUUUGCGCAAGCCUCAUCACCCAUCUGCAACUGAACCGCCGCUCUGCCUUCUACGUGAACCUCGACCCCGCGGCCGAGCAUUUCGAACACCAACCCGACCUCGACAUCAAAGACCUAAUCUCACUCGAAGAUGUGAUGGAAGAAUUGCAGCUGGGGCCCAAUGGGGGCCUCAUUUACUGCUUUGAAUUUCUGAUGGAGAACCUCGACUUCCUCUCUGAGGCACUCAAUUCGCUAACCGAAGAAUACCUCAUCAUUUUCGACAUGCCCGGUCAGAUCGAGUUGUACACACACAUCCCGGUGCUUCCGACACUAGUCAAAUUCCUCACGCAGCCCGGCGCACUCGACAUCCGGCUAUGCGCGGCCUACCUCCUCGAAGCGUCCUUCGUCGUCGACCGGGCCAAGUAUUUUGCGGGCUCCCUCAGCGCGAUGAGCGCCAUGGUUAUGCUUGAGGUGCCACAUCUCAACAUUCUGAGCAAGAUGGACCUAGUCAAGGACCAGAUGCGCAGGAAAGACUUCAAGCGCUUCCUCGUUCCCGACACGACGCUGCUCGAGGACGACCCAGCCGAGGUAGCGCGCAAGAAGGCGGGCGUGGCGGUCGAUGUGCACAGCGUGGACCCCGCGGAUAAGGACGCGCUCAUGUCGGGCGCAUCGUUUCGGCGGCUAAACACGGCGGUCGCCAACCUAAUUGAGAGCUUUAGCAUGGUCAGCUACCUCAAACUGGAUUGUACCGACGAGGACAGCGUGCAAGCGAUCCUGAGUUACAUCGACGACUGUAUCCAGUACCACGAAGCGCAGGAGCCGAAGGAACUACCCGAGGAAGAGAUGGAGGAGGAAGAAUAA